AUGGCUCUGGAUGUAUUCAAACGCCACGUUUCGAAGAAAGGAGGACGCUACGAGGUUCCUCUCCUAAUUCGGGAGCCAGGUCUCGACGCCGGCCACGACAACUUCGCCCUUGCUAGGCAGAGGCUCUUGAUGCAGCUCCGACGCUUCAAGCAACAACCAGAUCUUAUCGUCCAGUAUGAAAAGACGAUCCAGACUUAUUUUGACGAAUGCCACGCCGAACGAGUUCUCGACCAAGACGUGCCCUUCAAGCCGAACACGUACUGCAUGCCGCAUCAUGGAGUGAUUCGACGCGACGCAGUCACUACCAAGCUAAGAGUUGUUUCCGAUGCAUCGUCUCAUGCUGCCGGUCAACCAUCCCUGAACAGCGUGCUUAUCAAAGGGUCAAAAAUGGAUGCUGAUUUAUUGAACCUGCUGCUCAACUUUGCUUCAUCCAAUCGUUAUUGUGGCUGA